UGCUCUUCACUCGGCCGUUUUAGAGGGUAACUCUUUCCUGUUUCCUAGUGCGCGGAGGUAGCUGGUAGGUCUGUGAGACCCCAAAGAUAGGACUUUUCUUCUCACGCCCGAGGCCGCCCCUGGUGGCUCUGCAGCUGUCACUAUGCCACAAAAUGAAUACAUUGAAUUACACCGCAAACGGUAUGGGUAUCGUUUGGAUUAUCAUGAGAAAAAAAGAAAGAAGGAAAGUCGAGAGGCUCAUGAACGUUCAAAGAAGGCAAAGAAAAUGAUUGGCCUGAAGGCUAAACUCUACCAUAAACAGCGCCACGCAGAGAAAAUACAAAUGAAGAAGACUAUAAAGAUGCAUGAAAAGAGAAACACCAAACAAAAGAAUGAUGAAAAGACCCCACAAGGAGCAGUACCUGCCUAUCUGCUGGACAGAGAGGGACAGUCUCGUGCAAAAGUACUUUCCAAUAUGAUUAAACAAAAACGUAAAGAAAAGGCGGGAAAAUGGGAAGUCCCUCUACCCAAAGUUCGUGCCCAAGGAGAAACAGAAGUAUUAAAAGUUAUUCGAACUGGCAAGAGAAAAAAGAAGGCAUGGAAGAGGAUGGUUACUAAAGUCUGCUUUGUUGGAGAUGGUUUUACAAGAAAACCACCUAAAUAUGAAAGGUUUAUUAGGCCAAUGGGCUUACGUUUCAAGAAGGCCCAUGUAACACAUCCUGAACUGAAAGCCACCUUUUGCCUGCCAAUACUUGGUGUGAAAAAAAAUCCUUCAUCGCCACUGUAUACAACUUUGGGUGUUAUUACCAAAGGUACAGUGAUUGAGGUGAAUGUAAGCGAGUUGGGCCUCGUGACCCAAGGAGGCAAGGUUAUUUGGGGUAAAUAUGCCCAGGUAACCAACAACCCUGAGAAUGAUGGAUGCAUCAAUGCAGUCCUACUGGUUUGACACUUACUGAAGACUACAGACUGAUCAGGAAAACCUAUUACGGGAAAUACAACUUUUAUAAUUGCAGUCAUCAAGAGAACUAUUUAUUAAAUUGUAAAAACAUUAAAAUGGCCCAGUUUUACAAA